GACGUGUGUUACCAUCAAAUCAUGAAUCAAGAAAGCGGAUCGAUGUCCAGGCCCCCGCAAUUGGACAGUUCGAACUACUCAUAUUGGAAGUCUAUGAUGACAAUAUUUCUUAGAUCGAUUGGAAAAGGCGUGUGGGGAAGUGUUGAAAAUGGCUGGGAGCAUCCAGUCAUGCAACAAGCACCCGAUCAAGGUAAAGAAACAACGAAAGUCACGGUUUCUAAACCUAAGGACAACUGGACUGAUGCUGAGAAACUUCAAGAGGAAGCCAACUAUCGUGCCUUGUAUGCGAUUAUGAUGGCAGCUGAUCAGACAAGACACAAGAUGAUAGUUCAUUGCAAAACUGCAAAAGAUGCUUGGAGGGUCUUACAGCGUCAAUUUGAAGGUUCAACGGCUGUCAAAGCGUCCAGACUUCAACGGGUAACUCUUGAGUUUGAUGAGAUCAAAAUGAGGGAUGAAGAGAAAAUUGACGUAUACUAUACCAGAUUCUGUGAUCUGGUAAAUCAAAGCAUGAUGCUUGGAGAAGAAAUCUCUGAAAAACGUCAAAUACAAAAGAUUAUGAGAACCGUCGUUCCCAGGUUUAGAGAGAAAAUCACAGCUUUUGAAAGUUUCCAAAGAGUGGCGUUGUUGGAUAUUGAUGAACUUCUUGGAGAGCUCAGAACUUUUGAAAUCAACAACAAUUAUGACAAAGUCAAAAGUAAGGGCUUAGCUCUCAAAGCUGCUGUAGUUGAGGAAAGAGAAGAAAGCGAUGACGAUGAAGGUCCGUUGGCAGAUGAUAGUGAGCUGAAAGAAGCACUAGCUUUAAUCGUGCGAAACUAUAGGAAGAUGAGUCAAAGGUUGUACAAGAACAAAUUUGCUGGAAAAAAGGGGAACAGUUUCAGCAAGAAUGUGGUGCAGGACAAGAAAAGUAGUAUGCCACUCUCAAAAUCCGAUUCACAACGCGUCGAGAAGGAUCAGUGCAGGGAAUGUCGAGGCUUUGGACACUUCCAGUACGAGUGUGCUAAUCUUAAGAAGAAGAAUAAGUCACUUAAGGCAACUUGGGAAGAUUCAGAUGAAGAAGGCACAAACGAACCUUCAUUACACACAAGCAACCUGGCAGUUCAUACAUCAGUCAAGAAGUUCAUGUGUCUCACCACUUCUCAUGCUCCGACCAAGUUUGAAGAAAGUUUGAAAGAAACUGAAGCAUCUGAGGAUGAAGCAGAUCAAAAUGAUUCUCUGAAAUGUAAAUGGUAUCUGGACAGCGGCUGCUCUAGGCACAUGACUGGUGAACCUUCUUACUUGAUGAACAUUCAACCCAGUUUAAAUGGGGAAGUCAUAUUUGGUGAUGGAGUGAGCAAUAAGGUUAUUGGAACUGGCCGUUUAAAUUUGGGUGGAAUACCUAAACUAACUGAUGU